AGUGAGGCGGGACCUUUGUCGAUUAUAAAAGGCCUGGUAGGUGGGUUAUCAGCUUCAUUCACCUGACUGUCGUCCACAGUUUGUUCGAAAGCUACAACUGCGUCCGAGAUGAUUCAGCCCAAGACUCUGACGGCGGGGAUAACGGAGCGGGUGUUCCUGACUCCCGAGCCGACCUCGCUCGUCCUGCUCCUGGCCACUCUCGUCCUGAUGCUGCGGUACCUGACGGGCCGCUCCCCCGGCAGGCUGCCCCCCGUCUUGCCCAACGCCUGGCCCAUCCUGGGCCACUUGCCCUCAUUAGGACUCAGGGCAGACCUUGGCUUUCAGAGGUUGGGAAAGAAGCACGGGGACAUCUUCCAAGCCCAGCUCGGCACGAGGAACGUCGUGGUUCUGAACAGCUACCAGGCACUGAAGGACGGCUACAUCGACGGUGGCGACGCCUACAACGACAGGCCUGACUUCUACGCAUAUCAGCUUUUCUCUGACGGUGGGAAAGGGACAGCCUUUGCUGACGACACGCCUGCCUUCAGAAAGAAGCGACAGUUUGUCCUCAAGGUCUUCCAUCACUUUGGCAUCGGGAAAGCGCACGAGCAACUGGACACGAAUAUUGCCGAAGAGGCGCGGAAGCUGGUGACAAUAAGCAAGAGCUUCAACGGGAAACCUGUCGACCUGCAGUCCUACGUAACAGUAACCACCCUCAACAUCAUCUGCUCCAUGGUGUUCGGAAAACUGCACGACUACCAUGACGAAGACUUUGCUCAAGUGAUGAAAAGCUUGGAAAACGUCACAAGGAACAUGACCAACGUGGGCGUGCUGAACGUCUUCCCGUUCCUGAGGCACAUCCCCGCCAUGAACAGCAGCGGCAGGGAGAUCCUGGAGAACAAGCGCAAAAUCAUGGCGUUCGUGAACCAGAGCAUCGCCGAGCAUCGCGACACCUUCGACCCCGACCACACGCGGGACCUGGUCGACGCCUACCUGAAGGAAACCCAAGGUAACCACGACAGGAGUGUCUUCACAGACGAGGAGAUAGCGCACAUGGCUGUAGAACUGAUGGUUUCUGGCAACGACGCUUCGUCAUUCGCUGUCCGGUGGGGCAUUUUGUUCAUGGCCCUCAACCCUGAAAUACAGAAAAAGGUCCAGCGUGAAAUAGAUGACGUCAUCGAUCCGAACACUAACAUCAGCAUAUCCCUCCGCCAGCACCUGCCGUACACCCACGCCGCCAUUCUGGAGAUUCUGCGAAUCAGACCCCUGGCGCCGAUCAACGGACGGAAAACCAAGCGCGCAGUGAAACUAAGGAACUACGAGCUGCCAGCCAACACCAUCGUCUUGUCGAAUAACUGGAACAUCCUCCACGACCCCGAGACCUGGUCUGACCCAGAGACGUUCGACCCCGCGCGCUUCCUGGACAGCGACGGUCACGUGGUCAUCCCCCCGCAGUUCAAGCCGUUUGGCGCAGGUCGGCGGAUAUGUUCCGGUCAGCAGAUUGCCCAUCACAUGCCCUUCGUCAUAUUCACCAGCCUGAUGCAGAACUUCACCUUCAAACUACCAGAGGGCGCUCCACAGCCGGACACGGAGGGAACAAUAGGCAUCAUGCUGGAACCACAGCCCUACAAAAUCUGCGCGGUACCGCGGCACUGAGGCAGCUAUCUUAUCGAGAGCAGAUGCAUAUGACUGUAUAGCACACCUUGUCGUAACCACAGGUCGGGAGAUAUGUGGCAAAGUACAUUUUUGUACAGCAUUGUAAUCAUUUGUCAAUACAUAUACAUGUAUGUUGCAAUGUACAUUGUAACGCGGUGACUGUCGAUAGAUGCUGCACAGAACAUUUUUGUAACAACUUGCCGAGACAUAUGCUGCAAUGUACAAUUUUAUAACAACAUUGUAAUCAUUUGUCAAUAUAGUGUUGCAGUGUGCAUC